AAAAUUUUAAUUAUGUAAGUAAAAGCUUCUUUUUAAUCGAGUUAAAAUAAUACAUAUAGGUUCAUCCCGCCAGCCCAGAGCUCAAAAUUCCAUUCCAUGAAUGGCGUUUUUACUCUUAAAAUCAUGCAUCAAAAUGCACAAUCUCUCAAGAAAAUUCCGUACGCUACCAACACUCACUUUGCAGACAAUUUUCUUGCACCGCAUCAACCACUUACUUCACUUCAAUGUGGAAAGAUUUUACAAUCAGUCACCAACACCAAAUCUCUCGCCAAAGGCCGGCAACUACACGCUUAUAUCAUUACCUCUGGCACUCUUCAAAAUAACACCUACCUAAGCACAAAACUCGCUGUUUUUUAUGCAAAUUGUGGUCACAUGGCCAGUGCCCAAGUAAUCUUUGAUGGGAUUGUUUUGAAAAAUUCUUUCUUGUGGAAUUUUAUGAUUAGAGGCUAUGCUUGCAAUGGUUUUCCAAUGAAAGCUCUUGUUUUGUAUCAGCUAAUGUGGAGUUUUGGGCAAAAGGCGGAUAAAUUUACGUAUCCUUUUGUGAUUAAGGCGUGUGGUGAUUUCUUGAAUGUGGAAAUUGGUAGGAAAUUUCAUAGUGUGGUGAUGGUUACUGGUUUUGAUUCAGAUAUUUAUGUGGGUAAUGCUCUUCUUGCAAUGUACUUGAAGUUUGGAGACAUUAAGGUUGCAAGGAUGUUGUUUGAUAGAAUGCCUGUGAGAGAUUUGACUUCUUGGAAUACCAUGAUAUUGGGUUAUGUUAAGAAUGGUAAACCGAAGGAGUCUUUGGCCAUUUAUGAAUUAAUGAAGCAAACUGAAUUGCUUGCAGAUGACAUGACUUUGAUCGGUCUCCUUUGUACUUGUGGUGAACUAGUUGCAGAUAAGCAGGGGAAAGAGAUUCAUGGUUAUGUUGUUCGAAAUAGGUACGGGCUUUAUAAUUUUUUUUUGAUGAACUCUCUUAUUGAAAUGUAUUGUAAGUGCAAUUCCAUGAUCAAUGCAAGAAGAUUGUUUGAGAAAAUGGCAUGGAAAGAUACUGUGUCAUGGAAUUCUAUAAUUUCUGGCUUUGCACGAACCAAAGAUGCUUUUGAAAGCUUAAGGCUUUUCUGUAAAAUGGUUUCGGAAGGAGCUGAACCUGAUCAAGUCACGUUUAUAACUGUGCUUGGGGCAUGUGAUCAGAUCACAGCCUUGCAAUUUGGAAUGUCUGUCCACUCAUACCUUACUAAGAAAGGGUUUGCUGGAAUCACCAUUGUGGCAACAGCACUUAUAGACAUGUAUGCUAAAAGUGGAAAUUUGGCUUGUUCACGUAACGUUUUUGAUGAGACCCCUGUGAAGAAUUUGAUUUGUUGGAGUGCUAUGAUUUCUGGAUAUGGCAUUCAUGGGAUGGGGAGAGAAGCUAUUUCUCUCUUUAGUGAAAUGAUCAAGCAUGGUAUCAUUCCAGAUGAGGGUGUUCUUACUUCAGUUUUGUCAGCUUGUAGCCAUACAGGAAUGGUUGCUGAAGGUCAAGAAAUCUUUGACAGAGCGAUAAAAGAUUAUAAUGUGAAGCCUGUAGUUGCUCAUUAUUCAUGUUUGGUGGAUCUUCUUGGCCGAGCAGGACAGUUAGAUGAAGCACACAAGCUUAUCAGGACCAUGGAAGUUAAUCCCUCCAGUGAUAUAUGGGCUGCACUCCUUAAUGCUUGCCGGUUGCAUCGAAAUGUUGAGUUAGCAGAGAUCUCUGCACAAAAACUUUUUGAUAUAAGUGCAAGAAAGGUGGGUGGCUAUAUUUGCCUUUCCAAUAUUUAUGCCGCUGAGAAAAGAUGGGAUGAUGUAGAAAGAGUUAGAGCAUUGAUGAGAGAAAGGGGGUUAAUGAAACCACCUGGCUGUAGCUUUGUUGAGUUAGACAAGAUGGUUCAUCGGUUCUUAGUUGGAGAUAAAUCACAUCCACAAAUAGAAGAUAUAUAUGCUAUGUUAAAGCAUUUGAAUCAGCUACUCAAGGAAGCUGGAUACAAGCCUGAUACAAGUUCUGUAUUCUAUAAUGUAAAUGAAGAAUUAAAAGAGAAGAUGCUUUGGGAUCACAGUGAAAGAUUGGCAGUUGCGUUUGUUCUCAUUAAUACAGGCCCAGAAACCAUCAUAAGAAUCACAAAGAACCUUCGCGUAUGUGGGGAUUGUCACACUGUACUAAAGAUGAUUUCUAAACUCAUGUGUCGAGAAAUUAUUAUGCGGGAUAUCCGUAGAUUCCAUCACUUUAGAGAUGGAUUUUGUUCUUGUGGUGAUUACUGGUAAGUGAAUAUAAUCAAAAGCCAAUUGCACAUCUGGUGAGAUACCGAUAAUGGAGAUUCUUUUAUUCAACAGCAGAUAUCAUAAAAGGUUGUAACACAGCCCUAGAAGAGCAUGUUGUUAGCAUUAACAUUCUCUUUCCCCCAAUGGAUACAAUUUUCACUUGAAGAAUAGGGAUUUGAUCCUGUUAAACAAACCAGCAAGUAGACCAGCACUAGAAGAAUCAACUCUCAUAUCUGUCUCUUUAUCCCAGGGGAAGGGUGCCAUUGGCUUGCUUGCUUCAAGAAGAACUUCAAUUGGAAUCUUUGGUUUUGAUUGUUCCAAUGGACCUAUUUCCUGGUUGUACUUUUGCGGGUCUGGACAGUAAUCCUGAGAACAAAUAUGAAUGUUAUUAGGAAAGGUAUAGAAAUUAACAUCCAGAAUAUGCUGUGUUUGUCUAGGAGGUGCUUACCUGGUCAGCAUGCAUUUUCUUCACAAACGUCUUGAAUAUCUUAAAAUUGUUUUCUUGUAAUAGAUCAUCUGAUAAGCGCAGGUAUGUCAGCCCAUACAUCCUCAAUUUUGGUAGGCCGUUCUUGUUGACGCCAUGAGGCCUAACAUUUAAUAGCAUUUGAUUGUAAGCUGUUGCAUCAUAUCUUGAAAGUGCAUUCUCUCCUGCAACCUCAAUGUUCUCUCUCCAACCCCCACUCAAAACCUGCACUUACAUGAGCAAGGCAUCAAUGAAUCAUGACUUUAAUAUGAAAAUGGUGGAAUUUAAAUUUUAUCUACUUUCAUAGUAAUUACUUUGGAAAGUUUUCUUAGAUUUGUUGCAUUGAUCAUUAAGUGUAUUUUGGUUGAGGGCUAAGAUUUAUCAUGCAAGUGUUCAAGAGGUUAUCAGGGAUGACAAGCAUGUAAUUUAAAGUUUUCACCUGCUGAACAAGUUCCUGAGGUCCACUUUUCGCAUUGUCAGGUUGUUCUGUGUCCUUCAUCUCAAGGCACGUGAAAUUCAAAAUUGCAUGAUGCCUUGAUAUCAUCCUUGCAAUGGGUCUGUAUCCAUCUCUUUCACACAAGUUAUAAUAUCCUGCAGUAAGCUCUGCAGCGUGAUUGUCAACUUUGUACCACCAAUGUAUUCCAGAUACCUGUCUUGACAAUAGAAUAUGAUAUGAUUAUUAUUGGUUUCUACCAAGUAAUGAAGAAAGAAAAAACCUUGUGAAAAAUACCUUAGCUGCUAAUUUGACUUUACAGCCCAGGAAAGCUUUGUUGGCUUCUUCAAGGAUAUCAUCUCCAUGGAUCAGUAAUCUAUUGGAAUACCAAGUCAAGAAGAAUUUUCCUUGUUCAGUAAGGUACGUUCCAUUUGUUUGAAAGAACCCUGUUUUUUCAGGCGUGUCAUUGUAUUCCCCUGCAUCAUCAGGCAACUCCCAGUCAGGGUGGCCUGCAAUUGUUGCUGCUUCUUUGAAUUCUGCUUUGAGAUAUUUGUCAUAGCA